AUGGCCUCAUCUCUUAAUAAUGGUUCAGUUCCUCAGUCUCAGUCUCUGAGAACACCAAAAGGUGGUUCUACAUUCCGGAUUCGAGGUAUACCGCUGAAUUGGGACAUGGAUCAACUGCAGCGCCACAUCGAACUUCAUGAAUCUGCUUCACAGCCUGUGGUCAAAUCUCUCGCAGCUGAGAUAGAUGGCCACUUUAAAACUGCUACGAUAAAUUUUCUGAACCCUCCAUCUCCAGUGCAAGCCGCAAAGCCUUGGUAUAUUCCGUUACCAGAAACAGACGAGAGUAAGCUGGCUGUUUCCAAUCUUCCCCUCAGACUGGAUGGGGGUUUUCUCGGCAUUACGACUCUAUUUUCACCUCCUGUUGAGGACCAUGAUAUUGAUGUCAUCGCGGUGUCUGGACUUGGAGGGCACGCCUACGGAUCCUUCAAAGAUAAAGACGGCAAUUACAUGUGGCUGCAAGACGCGCUUCCGUCUGACCUCAUCAAUACACAUAGCCAUCGUCCAAUGACACGAGUCAUGAUCUACGGUCACAAAUCAAAUGUUUACAAGAGCAGAAGUGUGCAAGAUAUAGAUGAUUUGUCGACUGCGCUUCAUUCAAACCUCCUUGCUCUAAUUCAAGCUCCAAGGACAAGGCCGAUCAUUCUUAUGGGUCAUAGCUUGGGAGGAUUAAUCGUCAAGAAGACGUUGAUCACUCUAUCAAAGUCAUGUAGCCAGGAAGAUCAGAAGCUUUUCCGGGCGAUCUAUGGGAUCGUCUUCUUCGGUGUCCCUCACAGCGGCAUGGAUAUUGAGUCACUCAUCCCAAUGGUCGACGACGGCCCUAAUUUUCCUCUGGUUAAGUCUAUUGGAACGAUGUCCCCAGUUUUGGACCAGCUCCAAGAGGAGUUUCAUCCUGUCUUAGGCAGACAGGGAGACAGAGAAAUCGUAUGCUUCUACGAAACAGCAGAGUCACCCACCGCACAACAGGUAUAA